CGAGCAGCAACGCGCAGUGCCGCCGGUUGCGCCCGCCACGCCGCCGCGCCCAGCGCGCGCCGUCCGCGACGGACGCUCCUCCGCACCGCGCCGUAGCUCGUUUGUGUGUGUGUGCGUGUGUGUCACACAGUGUGUGUUGGCGCGCGCGUCUGUAGAGCAGCUGAGCUGUGUGCUAGUGUGUGUGUGUUGUGUGCGUGCGCCAGGCCGCAGCGCAGUGGUGGUUCCUGCGCGUAUGCUCGCUCGACAGUGCGUUUGUUGUGAGUGACGUCUAGCGCGUGUAGUGACUGACAGCAGCAUGGGCAGUGAACAGGAGGACGACCCAGCUCCCGGCGAGCCGGAGGAGUACAAGGUCCCCGUCGAGCUCCUCAACCAAGUGAAAUUAGAGACGCUCGGGGACUGCGACGAGUACGGCGCGGUGCACCACGGCGUCGGCGACGGCGCCGGGAGCAGCCCGGCCGAGCAGAGUGAGACAUCAGAGCUCAACAAUGUUGGAGUCGUGCGACCGCGAGGUGCCAGGCGCGCGAAACUACUGGCGAGAGAAAAGCUGGGGCUAUGGCUCGGGGAGCUGCGAGACUCGGCGGAGCAGCCCGAAGAAGUGCCAGCCAGUGAAGAGUUCAGCGAGUCGCUGGAGGAGCCAGAGCCGGAGGUCCAGGACCAAGACGAGCAGUGCAUGGAAACGCACACAGUCUGGAUCAAGGAAGAGGUUGAGUUGAACGACACGACGGGGGAACAAGAGCAGACGGACCUGUUGUCAGUAGGGGCCGACGAAAGUACGGACGUGUUGUCAGUAGGGGCCGACGAAAGCACGGACGUGUUGUCAGAGAAGCCUGACGAGGCUGACAUUGACUCCCCGAGCAACGGCCCCGUGGAGGUGCCCGCGGCCGCGGAGGCCUUGCACCACCGCCUGGGGGGCGGCGAGCUCGUGGUAUCCUCCCUCAUCGCCAAGCAGCCCCCGGUCGGUGACUAUUCCGACGAGUACGGCGCCGUGUACAAGGCCGUGCCCAAGGGCGCCAACUGCGCCUUCCGCGCGCUCGCGGAGCGACUGUUUGGCGGCGAGAAGCACCACCCGGUGGUGCGCCACGGCGUGGUCAGCCACGUCCUCAAACACUGGGAGACCUACGCCCCGCUGACCCACUUCGCCGACCAGGUCUCGUACCGCCUCUUCAUGGUGAAGAGCGACGCCCGCGGAGGCGCGGUGGAGCUGCGCGCGGCCGGGGAGGCCUUCUACCGCACCGUGGCCGUCGUGCACGACGGCGUGCUCGAGGUGGCCGCCCUGGGGAACGACCCCGACCCCAUCGUCUUGCGCAGGACGGGAGUCGGACCCGCCGAGCACUACGACGUCUGCACCAGGCUGCCGCCGGCCGGCUGGAAGGGCGGCAAAGACGACCUCGUCAAGCUGGAGUCCGAGAGACGGGCGGAGGAACGCAGGAAACGAUUAGCUGCAGCACGCCUUGUGCCGCGCGUCGUCGCACAGGCACAGCCCACUGUGUCACCAGCGGGUGAGCCAAGGAAAAUCGUGGUGCUCUACAUGUGUCCGCAGCUGAGGCCCAUCGGCCGCCCACUAUCCGCUGUGGUGUCCUCGCCGAAAGGCUCGGCUGGAGCUCAGGACGGGCCGCAGGAACCGCAGGGCCUGUUUGGGAUAGACCCCGACGUCCUCGUGGCCUGCAAACCCCCCGAGGCCGAGCGCCAGAGAGAGGCCGGAGCGAGGGCGAGUGGUCCCGGACAGCAAACCAAGACCAAGAGGGUCGUCAAAAGAAAAGCCCUCACGCCGGAGCAGCGCGAGGCUAAGCGGGAGAGGGACCGCGAGCGCGUUCGCCGGCGACGGCUCGAAGAGAAGGAGAUCGAGGAAACUUUACAUCCAGAGCGGGCAGAGGCCAGGCGGAAGAAGGAACGCGACCGCGCUCGCGCUCGCCGCAACAGGCAGAAACAGGAAGGAGAAGGGGCAGAGGCCAAGUCGCUGGAGGAGAAGAGGGCAGAGAGGCGAGAGCGAGAGCGGCGCUUGCGUGAGGAAGAGACUCCGGAGGAGCGCGAGGCGAGACUGGCGAGAAUCAGAGAAAAUCAGCGGCGCCGGCGCCGUCUGCAGAAGAUGCAGAAUGAGACUCCAGAGGAGCGCCGCGCCCGACUGGAGAGAAGGUACGCGGGCGAGAGCGCGGAGGAGCGCCAGGCACGGCGGGAGAGGAAAAACCAGGCGAAACGGCUGGAGCGAGCCAACGAGACUCCCGAAGAGCGCUCGGCCCGGCUGAGGGCCGUGCGCGAAGACAAACAGCGGCGCUACGACAACGAGACGCCGGAAGAGCGCAAGCAGAGGCUGAAGAAGAUAUCCGAGGCCGCCAGGAGGAAGAUUCGGAAAGAGACGCCGGAAGAGCGCGAGACGAGGCUCAGGAAACAUUACGAACGCUACCACAGGCGCCUGGCCAACGAGACGCCGGAGGAGCGCGAGGAGCGGAUCGCGAAGUCGCGCGAGUACAUGCGGCGCUACGCGGCCAUCACCCGGCAGAAGAAUAAGAGGAUCCAGUGGAAGAAGAGGAAGAGGGGGCGGCCGGUGGGGGCCGGCCGGAAGAAGAAGGUCCUGGAACCCAAAGAGGAGCCGCCGGAGGAGGAGGAGGAGGCUGAAGAGGAGGCCGCGGGAGGGGCGGUCGCAAGCGAAGAAACGAGGGAGAGGGUGGAGCCCAAAGAAGAGCCACUAGAAGGGGCUGGAGAGCAGCCCAGCUGCAAAAGAAAGAAGAGCAGCGAGGAGCCACUAACAGAGACCGACGGCGAGCCCGGCUGCAAAAGAAAGAAGAGCUUGGGAUGCAACGAUGAGCCACUGGAAGAGCAGGCGUCCGCUGCAGAGACGGCGCCCGGGAGCAGCGAAUGAGACAACUGCGGGCAGCAACUGAGACUACACAGAGCAGGCGCACAGAGUGACCCCCUGCAACCGUCCACCUUGGCGAGGAAGGCGUCCCUGCUGCGUCCCUGCUGUCCUCGACGGAGGACUUGCCGGAAAUACUGACGAUGGAACCAGAGACUCCGCCAGUGGACGUUGAUUGGCGCGCACGCUGCUGUACCAGCCGGAUAUGAUCAACGUCAAGUCCGGGACCCAGGGGUCGCCCGCGCGGAGUCGAUAGAGCUGAUGGCGAAUCUGAUUGUUGAUGGCGAGCGAAGGGUGAGGACGACGUCGAAGCGGAGGCCCGGCCCAUAACCGCCAUUGAGGGGAGGAUUCAGCCCAACGGGGGCCGAAACUGCACCCCAAGCUGACGACACGGACGUCCUUCCUGAACGCGAUCGCUGCUCGGCUGUCCUUCUUCGUAUCUUCGUCGAGUACUCGCUACAAGUAUAGUGCCCUCGCACUUAAAAUUUGGCCAUGUCAUGUGUUUUGCAAAUCAAACCAAUGGAGCCUGGGAUUUUUAUUUGU